AUGGCAGCCUACCUUGAAGUCACCAAGAAAUUAGUAAGCUCGUUCGACGAGUUCGAGAAGAGCAGGGUGCCCAGGAACGAGAACGAGAAGGCAGACGCACUCUCACGACUAUCAACAGAGGCGCUGGCUCAGUUGGACAGGUCAGUAGACAUUGAACAGCUAUUUGAGCCCUCCCACCAAGUCCGAGAGGUCACACCGAUCGACUUGGAGCCCAGUUGGAUGGACCCAAUCGUCGUCUACCUGAGGGAUGACUUCCUGCCCGAAGAUAAGAUCGAAGUGCAUAAGGUUCGAGGUCGCGCAGCUCGAUAUACACUGGUGGAGGGGCAGUUAUACAAAAGAUCAGUGUCCAGUCCGUUGCUGAAGUGCCUAACUCCUACCCACGCUUUGAACGCCUUGACAGAGGUACACCGUGGGAUAUGUGGCAGUCACAUGGGAGAAUGCCAAAUAUGCAAAAGGAUGCUAUACAAUACGUGA